CUAACAGUCUCCCGGACGUGAAGAACUGUCAUUGAGUCAACAUGGCGGCGUCGUUGGUACGCUUUGUCCGUGCAGGUCUUGGACGGAGUUGCAACAUUGCAAGGACCUCUUGUCUCCUGCAGCAGCAGACCAGACUGCAGAGUUCCACCACGGAGACAAGACCCACCGUGCGACCCAAGGAUGCAGUCGCCCACAACCAGCUGGCAGCAUUUGGGGAGUAUGUGGCAGAGAUGAUGCCCAAAUACAUCCAGCAAGUUCAGGUGACAUGUUACAAUGAGCUGGAGGUGAUGAUCCAUCCUGACGGAGUGGUCCCUGUGCUGACUUUCCUUAGGGACCACACCAACGCGCAGUUCAGAAACAUGAUCGACCUAACGGCCGUCGACAUUCCGACGCGGCCCAACCGCUUUGAGAUUGUGUACAACCUGCUUUCGCUGCGCUACAACUCUCGUAUUCGCGUGAAGACGUACACGGAUGAACUCACACCGGUGGACUCUGCUGUUCCUGUCCACAAAGCUGCCAACUGGUACGAGAGGGAGGUGUGGGACAUGUUUGGUGUAUUCUUUGCCAACCACCCCGACCUGAGGCGUAUUCUGACCGACUAUGGUUUUGAGGGUCAUCCCUUCAGGAAGGAUUUCCCUCUAUCGGGAUAUGUGGAGGUACGCUACGAUGACGAGUUGAAACGUGUGGUUGCGGAACCUGUGGAGCUGUCGCAGGAGUUCCGAAAGUUUGACCUGAACACACCGUGGGAAGUGUUCCCUGCUCACCGGGAGCAAAAGGAGGCUCCGCCCAUACUGGAAGCUGGAGACAAUGCCCCCGAGAAGAAGUGAUGGACGCCCCCUGUUUAUAUCAUACAGAAACCAUCUACUCGUGCGUUUGGGUUUCCUGUCCCUGGUUAAAAGUACAGAAAUAUUCAUGUAAAUAAAAAUGUUAAUUAAACCAUGAGGAAAAAGUUACAAAAAGAACACAUCCACCCAUAUUUACUUGUUUUUUUCGUUCAUUGGAAACCUCUCUUCUCCACUCUGCAGAUGACACUCCAGGCCUGUGUUUAUGCUACAUACAUGAUUUUAUUGAACCUGUGCUGCUACCUUCUGCUAUUUUAUUAGUCAGGCAGCCUCUGUAUAAAAAUAGAGAAAUCUUUUCUGUAGUCCUCCCUGAUGGUAUUAUGAUAGUGGUGGUCUGUGAAAAUAAACCUGCUUCUAAUUCACU